UGUUUGUCGGCCCCUGAGAAAGGAGGAGGUCCGGUCGAAGCCAAGACUCCGGCCGAACCGGAGCUGACCAGACUUGACUCGGGCCCGGAACUAGGCUCCAGUCCCGCGUGGACUGGGCCACAGGACCCCGGAGUGGAUGGAGUAGGCCCAGUCCUGAGAUCAACGCCAGCCCACUCGGCCUGGCUCCGGGCCUACGGGGCGGGCAGGCAGGCGGGCCGAAGCCGCCCAGGGCCUUCCUUCAGGGCCCCGGCGAGGGGCCUAGGCCCCGGCCCCGCAACAGGCCCGGCCUGGCCCUUUGGAACCGGACUCGACCCGACCAGAAGUGGCGUCCUCACCGGGGCCAUAGGCCAGUGACUAGGCCGGACCCGGGCCUCCCGUCGGGGCCGGACUGGGACGAGGCCCCGGGGAGGCCCCUAGUCCACUAGACCCUUCCCUCAGGCCGACGCCCGCCGGGAAGAUGCAGCGCGCCCUACCGGGCGCCCGCCAGCACUUGGGGGCCAUCCUGGCCAGCGCCAGCGUGGUGGUGAAGGCCCUGUGCGCGGCGGUACUGUUCCUCUACCUGCUCUCCUUCGCCGUGGACACUGGCUGCCUGGCGGUCACCCCAGGCUACCUCUUUCCGCCCAACUUCUGGAUCUGGACCCUGGCCACCCAUGGGCUGAUGGAACAGCACGUGUGGGACGUGGCGAUCAGCCUGGCCACGGUGGUGGUGGCUGGACGUUUGCUGGAGCCCCUCUGGGGGGCCUUGGAGCUGCUCAUCUUCUUCUCAGUGGUGAACGUGUCUGUAGGGCUGCUGGGGGCCUUCGCCUACCUUCUCACUUACAUGGCUUCCUUCAACUUGGUGUACCUUUUCACCAUCCGCAUCCACGGCACCCUGGGCUUCCUCGGUGGUGUCCUGGUGGCACUGAAGCAAACCAUGGGGGACUGUGUGGUCCUUCGAGUGCCCCAGGUACGUAUCAGCGUGGUGCCCAUGCUGCUGUUGGGGCUGCUGCUGCUGCUGCGGCUGGCCACGCUGCUCCAGAGCCCGGCACUGGCCUCCUAUGGCUUUGGGCUGCUCUCCAGUUGGGUGUAUCUUCGCUUCUAUCAGCGCCAUAGCCGAGGCCGAGGGGACAUGGCCGACCACUUUGCUUUCGCCACCUUUUUCCCUGAGAUCCUGCAGCCCGUGGUGGGGCUGUUGGCGAACUUGGUGCACGGCCUCCUGGUGAAGGUAAAGAUUUGCCAGAAGACAGUCAAGCGCUAUGACGUGGGGGCCCCAUCCUCCAUCACCAUCAGCCUCCCAGGCACAGACCCUCAAGACGCGGAGCGGAGAAGGCAACUGGCUCUGAAGGCCCUCAACGAGCGACUGAAGAAAGUGGAGGACCAGUCUGUCUGGCCAAGCAUGGAUGACGAUGAAGAGGAGGCUGGGGCCAAGGUGGACAGCCCUGUACCCUCAGAAAAGGUCCCCACACUCCCAGGGAAGGGGGCUGCCCCAGAAUCCAGCCUGAUCACCUUUGAGGCAGCUUCCCUGAAGCUGUAACUCCAGGCCACCUCGAGUGUAACCUCCUCUCCCACAUACCCUUGAUACCCUCUGCUACUCUGAGGAGAGGGAAGAUGGUCUGCCGGGGGUUUCCACAGCCUUCUGCUACUUCUCGCCAACACUACCCAGGACUCUUGCGACCUGGUUCCAACUCCAGACAACCACUAUGUCAGGCAUGGGGCCUCCAAAGCAUCAGCCAGCUGAGGCCAUCUGAGGUAAGACUGCACCUCAGUAGGCAGCCCCAAGCAAGUGGCUGCAGGGACACUGGUGCCACAGCUUCUAGGCCAACCCUCAUACCUGAUACCGGUUGCCGAGAGCCCUGAGCCAAGGCAAAGAUUUGCCAAAAAUGUUGGGGGGUCAGCCAGUGCAAGAGCCAGCACAGGGCUGCACAUCCCUGCCUACCCCCAGAAGGACUAUGUUCACAUCAAAAUUUCUGGUUCCUUCUGCUGUGGCCACAGCUGUUUCUAAGCCAGAACAGCCACAGCUCCCAGGUAUUUUCUACAGGACCACUUGAGCGGGCAGCUGAGCCCAGCUGUGCAGUAUCAAUAAAGCAGUUAUUUGAGGUAUGAC